CGUCACAGAGAAAGAUGCUCCAGCAGUAGCUGCUCCUCCACUAAUCACACAUUAACAAAACCAGCUAGUACAGGCUAACAGAGCGGGCUACAUACUUCACAUCUGAUUUUUAUUCAACCGAAAUGUAAAAUCUGUCAGAGCAUACGCAAGAUUCUUAGAACCUGAAGAACGGGAACAUUAUACAGUCUCCGUGGCCUCCUCUUGAAUCAACUCGGAGGCUGUUUUGGCUAUCAGGCAGGACCAACGGUAGCACCUUUGGCUAGCGUCGGGCUAGCCAGCUAGCUAGCUAGCUACUAAAGUCGCUAACGGCAGUUAGCUAGCUGGCGAGCUGUGGUUACUUACGUCAUGGACGAACAAGUCGUGGAAGUGAGGGGGACGAGCGGGGCCUUUUACAAGGCUUUUGUGAAGGAUGUUCACGAAGGAUCAGUCACUGUGGCAUUUGAAAACAAUUGGCAACCAGAACGUCAGAUCCCUUUCCAGGAUGUGCGUUUUCCUCCUCCUACAGGAUUCUGCAAGGAGAUCAAUGAAAGUGAUGAGGUUGAGGUAUACUCCAGGGCUAAUGAUAAGGAGCCAUGUGGAUGGUGGCUGGCCAAGGUUCGCAUGGUCAAAGGCGAGUUUUAUGUUAUAGAAUAUGCUGCAUGUGAUGCUACAUUAAAUGAAAUUGUGACGCUGGAGCGGCUACGGCCAGUCAACCCAAAUAAACCAGCCAACAAAAACACCUUUAUCAAGAUCAGACUGGAUGUACCCGAGGAUUUACGACAGAUGUGCUCCAAGGAGUCAGCACACAAAGACUUCAAAAAGGCCGUUGGAUCGUUCAGUGUCACCUACGACUCUGAGAAAAAGCAGCUGGUCAUUUUGUCUGUGAACGAGGUCACAACGAAGCGGGCCAAUAUGAUGAGCGACAUGCACUUCAGAAGCCUCCGCACCAAACUGUCUCUGAUGCUGAGAAAUGAAGAGGCCAGCAGACAACUAGAGAGCUCCAGACAGCUGGCUUCACGGUUUCAUGAACAGUUCGUGGUUCGGGAUGACCUGAUGGGUCUGGCUAUUGGAACUCAUGGGGCCAACAUUCAGCAAGCAAGAAAAGUCCCUGGAGUUACUAACAUAGACCUGGACGAGGAGACGUGCACCUUUCACAUAUAUGGAGAGGAUCAGGAUGCGGUCCGAAUGGCCAGGAGCUACUUGGAAUUCUCUGAAGAUGUCAUCAAAGUUCCCAGGAACUUAGUAGGGAAGGUGAUCGGUAAAAACGGCAAACUGAUCCAGGAGGUGGUUGAUAAAUCUGGGGUGGUGCGAGUUCGUAUCGAGCCUGAGAGUGACAAGAAGCCCUCGGCAGCAGCUGCAGCAGCAGACGAGGGAAUGGUCCCAUUUGUAUUUGUGGGGACCAAGGAGAGCAUCUCCAACGCAACUGUACUGCUGGACUAUCACCUCAACUACCUUAAGGAGGUGGAUCAGCUCCGCCUGGAGCGCCUUCAGAUCGAUGAGCAGCUGAGGCAGAUAGGAGGAGGAGGUGGGGGAGGAGGAGGGACAGGUCCCAGGAACCCCAAGGACAAAACCUACGUGUUUGACAACGGCAUGGGGCUGGGGAUCGGGAGAGGAGCCGGAGGAGGAGGGAAGCCCUAUGCAGGAGGAGGACGAGGAGGCAGAGGGAGGAGAGGCGGUGGUGCAGCCUUCGCCUCAGGCACCAACUCAGAGGCAUCGAAUGCAUCAGAGACAGAGUCAGACCACAGAGAGGAGCUCAGUGAUUGGUCACUAGCUCCGACUGAGGACUUAAUGACCGGAGGCGGGACGCUGCCAAGACGAACAGAUGGAAGAAAGAGAGCGGGCGGAGGAGGACCGCGGGGCAGAGGAGGGAGAGGAAGAGGAGGUUAUAAAGGAGAUGACAUACAGUGGAGCGAACCGCGGCCUCGCCAUGUGAGAGACUCGAAGCCAAGAGCACAGGAAGACACACUACAGAUCCGUGUGGAUGGCAAUAACGAGCGCAGCGUGCAGCACUCCUCAGGGGGGCGGGGAGGAGGUCCCUCCUCGUCCCAGAGUGGCCUCAGUGCUGGCAGCGAGGGUCCAGCUCGCCAUCACCAUCAGAGACCCAUCAGAGACCGAGGCAUGAAGAAGGAGAAACAGGACGCUCCCCCGCUGGUGAAUGGAGUGUCGUAAAAACGCCGCCACCGGAGGACCUUCUCACUCUGACGACCACACUCAGAAACACAAACAUGGGAUCAAGCAGUCAUAAACCAUCUUAGAAUCUCUCUGGCUUUUUCUUUCUCUCUUUUUUUUUUUUUUUUUUUUUUUUGUCAGACUCACUGUACACAUAUUUCAUCAGCAUGGAAGAGUUUACCUUUGUGACGCUGUAGACCAGAGUCGGUCUGGUAUCUGCUGGUCUGCCCCUCCACUGGUUUCCUCUGGACUGAUCCGGUUUCUCCUCUUCUUCUCUUGAUUGAAAACUAAUAACGGUGCACUUUGUUUGUUUGGAAGGUAAAGAAGAGUCGGCCACAGCUCAGCACUCACAGAGGCAUCGCCACAGUAACGCUCCUCUCCCCUUUAAAGGCAAACCAUUGUUUAAUUUAUUUACUGUUUUUUUUUUCUGACCCGGUUCAGAUUUCUCACUUUAGAAAAAUAGAAUCAGUCAAACAAAUCAAGGAAAUCAUGGAGUGACGAGGAAUCAGGAAACCUUUGCCUUCCCAGGAGCAGAUCUGAGUCAAAGAAGAGCGUCACGCACUCAUCAGAAAGGCCAUCAUCAACUUCCAGGUGCUUUUACAGGGACACUUUAAAUCUUUAUGGACUCACCUUCUUUCAGAGGUUGUACACGUGUUUUUGGUGUCACAGAUACGUUUGCGGAAAAAACCUUGAGACCAAGAGAAGAUGAAGCAGCACUUAGCUUUUUUGCCCUUUUUUGUGGUUAUUUAAGCCCUGAGUUAAGUUUAAUUUAUCCAAACUGCCUUUGGAACAGCAAAGUGAUGCAGAGCUCACAGCUCCUAUGUUUGCAGAACCACGUGCACACAGAUACGUUUAGCAUUGAUGAGGACUUUAGUUUCAUCCAUGAAGUCUGUGCUUAGUUUACUGCUAAUAAGAUGAUGAUUGGCUCUUUUAAUCUCCCCGGCUGUGACCGAGCAUCAAUGUUUCCCCAAACUAGACGUACGAAUGGGGAAACAGAAAUCUGAGGCACUUAAGAAUCGACGUUAAUAACAGGGGUUUCAUUGGAACCAACUCGUCAUGUGACCUGUGGAUUCAGCCAACAGUGAGCCCGUUUACUUGGACACUAAUAAACUGAUGUCUGGGAGCAAUCAGGUCAUGGUAAUGAUCUGAUUUGACACAUUAACUGCACAUUUACAUGAUUCUGACAAGGUAGAUGCUUUAGAGCCAAACUCUGCUGGUGGUAAAGCAUAAAAUGGGGGAUGGAGGUAGACAUGUUCUUUAUAUUAAUGUGGUUUAGGCAGAACUGAUAACCCCAGUUACAUCAUUUAUUCUGUCCUUCAGAGCUGGGAUUUAAGGACUAUAAAUUGCCCUGAUAUAUAAGCUGAGUUUCCCAAGGGGAAAAGAUUUAACCCUCAGGCAUCACUAGGGACAUUUUUGUCCAUUGGGACAAAACAUUUUGGCUGUGUUAGUGCAUAUGGUUGCAUUUUUUGUAACAAAGUUUCUUUCUUAGCAAAUUUUCAAAUUUCAAUUGCUCUAACAGGUCAGGGGAACACAGGGAAACAAUCUAUCCAUCCAUUUUCUAUACUGCUUAUUCCGUUCCAGGUCGCGGGGGAUGGAGCCUAUCCCAGCUGUCAUUGGACGAGAAGCGGGGUACACCCUGGACUGGUUGCCAGUCGAUGGCAGGGCUGACAUAUGGAGACAGACAACCAGGCACGCUCACAUUCACACCUACGGGCAAUUUAGAGUCACCAAUUAACCUAACGAAUAUGUUUGGGUGAUGGGAGGAAGCCGGAGUACCUGGAGAGCACCCACGUGUGCACGGGGAGAAUAUGUAAAGUCCGCACAGAAAGGCCCUGGCACUGACCGGGAAGCGAACCAGCGACCUUCAUGCUGUGAGGCAACAGCGCUAACCCCUGCGCCGCUGUGCCGCCCAAACUAACAAAUUUACUAGUAAAUUAAAGUGAUGCCUGAGGACUGUUGCCUCACAGCAAGAAGGUUCCUGGUUUGAUUCCCGGUGCAGGGUUUGCAUGUUCUCCCCGUGCAUUCGUGGUUCUCUCCAGGUACUCCGGCUUCCUCCCAUCACCAGAGACAUGCUCAUUAGGUUAACUGGUGACUCUAAAUUGAGUGUGUGAGUGCCUGGCUGGCUGUCACCACAUGUCAGCCCUGUGGUUGACUGCUGACCAGUCCAGGGUGUACCCCACGUCUCACCCAGCUCCUGCGACCCCCAAACAGGAUAAGCGGUGUAUAAAUGGGUGGAUGGAAGUCUUCAACAUGCAGUUUCUCUGCAGCUAGUACCAUCUGUUCUGGCUAAAUAAAGUUUGCACAUCUUCUAGCUUUAAUACGGUAGUUGAGCUCAACCCAAGCCUGUCCUCAUUGAGGAGUGUCCCCAGCACUCCACACGGUUUAUUUACUUAACGGUAUACUUCCUGUUUUCUUGAAAUGCACGGUUAUGACCUAACGAGGGGGAAAAGCAGUUAAAAGUGACACCAGCUCCCAUCAGUAUGGUCCAAGUCUCUAUUUGCACAUGAACUGGCUUUUUAAAAACAGUGUGGACGUGCCGAGGUCUCAUUGCUCCUAACUUUUUAGUGUGUUUUGUUAUUCAGGCUUCCUUCUCUUCUUUGUUGGUUGUUAAAUAGCAGUUAGCGAACACUUAUGAGCAUCUCUGCUGCCUAGAUUGGGAAAUCACGAAUCAUGACCCAGUACAGGACAAAUACGGUGACAUCCUUAGUGUUAGUAAGUACUUGAGUACUGAAAUUACAAUGAAAUCCCAACCCUGGCAGAUAUAAUAGAGGACAUCAGAUUAAACUGUUAACACAUGCUGAAUAAUCUGACCACAAAGCUAGGUGUGUAAAAUGAUAACGGCCUUAAUAUCUGGUUGUGCUGUUUACAUGACUGCUGAAUUAAUCAGGGAACUCCAGAAGAAGAUGAUUGGUUUAUUAGUGUGCAUGUAAACGCUCUCAGUGUCUGGGGGUUCACAUUGAAGGUAAAUUGUGUGAGCUCAAUCCAAACCUGGUCCAUCCUAGCCCACUGAUCUCCCCCCUCACUGUAAGAACCAGCGGCCUCCUGAAUCCAUCUCCUCAGGGGCUGGUAGGUCAGAAACAUCCCAAAGCCCUGGCAGACUCCGCCGUUGACUGUAAAUUUGUGUAAAAUGUUUUUAGUAGGCUGCAUGGGGAUUCUACAGAGCGAUGAUGGCAUUGUUUUUAUUUAUGGAUUUGUUGAUUUUAUGAUCUCACACAAGCUUCUUGUGUCCAGGAUGAAACUGUGAACCUUGAUUCGUUGCAUUGACUCAUUUCAUGACUCCAGAGCACGCGGGCGGUUAGGACGUUCCUCCUCUGAGACGGAUGAGUGUCGGACAUCACUAAUGCUCUGUGGAUUGGCCUUGACGAUUAUGGGGAUCAAACAAAAAUGGAGAGUAGCUACUGUAAAUGUCAAUGAUCCAUCGCAUACAGUACCAAUAAUGGAACUAUGAGUUUAGCAUAAAAUGGUGAGAUUUAACCUUUAUAUUCACAAUGGUGUACAGUCAUUAAAAACAGUCAUCAAUAAAACUUUUGUUGUAC